GUUGGCAGUGAACCAACAAUGUAGACGACUCUACAAAAUGUAAAAAUUUCAAGUCAGGCUACGUGUAUCUUUACAAAUCAGUCGAAGCGUUCCAGUUGAGUUUAAUACAGGUAGCUAGACAUUUCGUAAAAGAUAGUAGGUACCAUAUGUGGUUACAUUUUUAAUAGUUUAAGAAGUUUUGGAGAAUCAUUAACAUCACAAAAGAAAUUAGCUGGUUGCUAGCAAGUAAGCUAUCGUUCAUAUAAAAAUAUCGCUAUCAGAACAUCUCUUUACAUGGACUUGCCGAAAAAACUCAAUACCUGAAGCAAUACCUAAGAUAUACAGGCUACUGUAACAUUAUUGAACUUUGUGAAAGAGGAACUGUUCUCGUGUACUUGUGAUGUCGUGUCGAAGUGGAAUGGCACGGGGGUGCAACCAGGGUCUGCAGCCCCUUCGAGCUACUGUUCAGUUUCAGCUCCACAGUAAGAUACCGCCACGCUGCAAAGAUGCCAAAACAGGCGAAUCAAAGACAAAGGCCCGUCCUCCGAAGCCAACCCUGCGGCGGACACUCUCUCUGGACACGCUGGUGGGGCCUUACCUGCAGGGACAUUGGCCCAAGCAGCCCGAGAGUCAGGCCUGCGACAGCGUUACCUGCGGCAAUGACAAAGCCACACAGACCCCCAGUUCCUGGAUGGAGGAGACGCGAGGGCGGAGAGGUGGAGUAGGGCACAAACGCUCGGCAUCGUGGGGCAGUGCUGAGCAUCUCAGAGAGGUUGCUAAGAUAAGGCACUCGCUACAGAAGCGCUCCAGACAUGUGGCUCCCAGUGCUGGCUAUGGGUGCCCUCACCAGCCCAUGCCUACUGUCCCUACACACACACCUGGAGCCACGCAGACCAUGCCUCUGCUGCCCCUGAGUCGAUUGGCCCCCAGAUUGCGCCGCAGUGUUGAGGGUCUUAACCUGGAGUUAGAGGGAGUCUUUGUGUCUGAAAAACCAGAGGAACAACACAAGAUUCUGGAUGUGCCGGACGGUCAUAGAGCACCAGUUCCAGCCCAGAGGUGCAGCAGUGGCUCUCACGGCGACCCCUCCCCUGGCCUCCUGUCCCCCUCACAGUCUCCCUGUCUGAUGGCAGACUCAGUAGAUAUAGUUGUGCACAGGCCCCUCGACCCCUCCCCCUCUCCGCCUCUGUAUGUGGCCGACGCCCCCUCCUCCUCACCUCGCCCCAAUAAGACCUACGCCUUCCAGAGAGAACCGCCAGAGGGUUGUGAGAGAGUGCGCGUGUGGGAGGAGGCCUGUUCUCCCUGCCAUGGCGAUCCAUCUGUUCAGCUGUCUAGCCCUGACCCUAAUAAAGUCAACUUCACUCCUUAUGGAGGCUCUGCCUUCUGCCCUGUCAGUUUGCUCAAGCCCCUCCUCCCAUCCAUGGAUUUACUGUUUCGUGGCCUGUCUGUGUCCCCUGUCACUGGCUGCUCAGGGCAAAACCCCACCCCCUGUCAGGCAACUGCACAUACAGUGGGUGGAUACCUGAGUGGGCCCCUCCCAGACACUGCAGCGUCCUCCAUUUAAAAAAAGUGGGAUAAAUGAGAUACCAAAGGGGAAACUGACAAGCAAACAAGUUAAAGACUGAGGGGUUUUUUUCCAUUUGGGCCACCUCCUCAAAGAACUGACAGAACUGAACGUGUUGGUACGUUGUGGCACUAAGUGUAUACUUCUGGACAUAUCAAGAGGAAAAGUACAAGAAGGACAAUCUUCGACCAGAGAAGCACAGGAAGACACCUGACCCUCUCAGGACAAAUACGCAACAUGUUUCUUUUUUUUUGUGAUCUGGAAUAGUUUGACUCUUAAACACUCAUACCCUGUGAGAUCUCAGUAUUUAAAUGGACAAGGAUAGUUGAACCUUUUUUUGUGUGUGAGAAUUGAAGAACAUGCAAAAGUUGUUUCGGUUUUGACAUGGGAAUGUGCCAGAUGUAUAUAGUAGUGAAUGGUGUGCCAAAUGUAUGGUGGCUUUGAGCUGUGGGGUUUUUAAAUCACCUUAUAGGAUUUUAAAGCUACAUUUGGGCAGCACAGAGAGAGAGAAAUUACUGUUGAUGUGUGACAUGACUAGGUGCUUCAGACCAAAGCUCUCAUGCACUCGAAAGGCUGUAAUGGUCACCAGGACAACACUGUUUGUGUGCUCAGUUUAAAAGAAGUGGCAUAUUGCAAAACAUACUGAUUUCUUUAACAUACAAGUUCUUGGGCAUUUUGUUAAACUCAGUGAAAUGCAGAAAAGUGAAUAACCCCCCACAAGAUAGUCAUUCAUACACUAAAUUGGUUUUACGUGCAGUGCAAUUUUUAGGUUCCCUUCCAUAGAACUGACAAUUAAAAAAAAAAAAAAAAUUUAAUUUAAUUUAAAUUUAUUUUCAUGUAAUUCAAAAUGGCUUUUGACUACAACAGUUCCACUGUUAUCAAUUUCGGUGCAAUACAAUGUGUGUUUCUCUUUGUGGAUAACUGGUCAAAUGGAAGACCUUGAGGUGACCAAGUUUAUAUUGACAGUUUUCCUGACAGUUAUACUGACAUUUUUAAUUGACUAUUCACAUUACCUUUGGGUGAUUUUUAGAGACACACACAUUCUUGAUUUUAAGUGGGACAACUGUCUUUGCAAAAGCUUCACAGUGUGAAUACUAUAUGUUUUCACACAGAAAGGUUUCUUUGUAAAAUUCACAUGGUAAAAGCUAAAUAUUUUCAUUCAGAGUUAAAUGUUGUGGUCAUAAAAAAGCACUGAUUUCUAUUUGCAAAUUUUAUACAUGUGCCCACAGAGGUCUAUUUUGCUCCAUUUAUUUUUGAUAUUUGGAGAGAUUAUAUAUUGCUUUUGUGUCUAUUGCCUAGAUACGAAAAAGCAAUUACUGAAUUUCCAAAAAGGCAGUGUCCGUGCAUUUGUUAAGAUGAAUAUCUGAGAGUGUAGAUGUAGAACUAUGUGUAGCGGAUAGUAAAUACGGGCAGGUAACAUUCAGAGGGGUGUUUAUUAUUUAGCACGUUGAUGCUGUUAUUUUGACUGGGUUGAUUUUUCUUUUUCACUCGCAGGUUCAUAUCCCUCGUGUGACUUUGAAAGCUUCUCGUUGAUCUACAAAAAGCUGUGGAGAGUAAAAAACGCAGCAUUUGUUGCUAAUAUUUUAAUGGCAUAAUUUUGUUUCAUUGCAUUUAGUUCAGUGCCAUCACUCAGCAACAAAUAAAGGCCAUGUGUGAAGAUGCAGUGCCGCCUUUACACUCGUUAGACAUCACAGGAAAGUGGUAGGAUGUUUUAAGCUUGGGUGCCAUCUUGUGCCCAAAACACAUUAAACAAAACUGCAUCAGCAUCCCAGAGUCUCAGGACAGUUGAGUUAGGGAACUUUGGAUAGAUCGAAUUAUAGUAGAGCAUAUUUGCUAGUUGAAUUCCAUACCCUGUUUGAAGGAACUUUAAAUGAAUGGUUAUCUGAGUAUUUUGUUCAUAGUUUUGAAUCGUGUUUCUUUGUGUUUUUAUGUUUCUUGUUCACAGAAAAAUGUUCUUUGCAAAGUCACCUUGUGGUAUUUUUCAGAUUUUCCUUUACAAUUGUUACUGUGUUAUUGAUGAGCAGUAAAUGUGCAUUGUUCACUUCUCUCCCCACACUGCACUGCUGAACAUUGUUAAUAUGUUUGUACUCAAUAUAUGGUUUUUGGAUUUUAUAAAAGAGUAAAAAGCAAAGAACGGUC